UGUAUUAUAUCUGAUUGAGUAUUGCGUGUAAUUGUUGCGUUAUAGUUAUUGGAGAAUGUAUCAGGUACGACGAACCUCAGAGUUCCAUGAGGACGCCCGUGAGGAUGGCAGCUUCCUGAAGAAGCGACAAACCAGGUCGCAAUUGCGCGCCACAAUAACACCAAUGAAGAAACCAAGCCACAGACUGACCCAGCCGCGAAUAACCCCGAAUAAUAAAGCCAAUGGCAGUGUAAGCAGUGCGACGCCCCUGCUCCAUCGACAAGGAGCGUCGACGGAGCGUGCUAUGGUGCUGCACAAGGAUAAGAAAUGGGUGCAGGAGCAGGCACAGUUGAUUGCCGAAUGUCUGGACCAAGUGCUGCGGUAUCAUCCAUUGCCAGGGAUUUCCAGUGAUUUCUUUAGUCGCGGUGCAGCUUCAAUUCGCCAAAUGACCAUAAAACAGUUUGUCACCAUUGUGCAUUUCUUUUUACAAUUGAUAUUCGGAAAUCGAAUCAAUGUGGGCAAUAACCAUGUUGAGGAAAUCACGAAUGCGCUGCAUAAACUGAAAUAUCCGUAUCAGGUGAACAAGUCCUGGCUAGUGACACCCACAACACAACACUCUUUUGGCCAUGUCAUGGUCAUGUUCGACUUUCUCAAGGACAUUGCAUUGCCCUCAUCGUCCUCAAUGCAGCAGGAACAUGGCCAAUACGAUGAGUUCCCCUUUAUGGAAACCAGUGAGCAACCCAGCUACAUGCAAAACACCCUGGAUCCCGUGACAUUGCAGAUCAGUCACGUCGUUAUUACCGAAGAGACUAAUCAUUUGUUGUUUCCCAGUGCUGCCGAGAGUUUUGGAUUGUGGGAUACCCAAAACGAUAAGGAAUAUAAUGUGCUGAAGCGCAGUGUCAGCGAUAAAAUUAUAAAAUGCCUCUGCGACUUACCCGAUACCCAAUCUCUAGAUGCGGACUUGAUUCGUCUCAAAAAUGAGAGAAAACACCUAGAAGAUCAGCUUCAGCUGCAGGCAGACAACGAGCACGAUCAACUAGAACAGAUAAAGUCUCAGGAAGAGCAACUGAAACAGGAACUGUUAUCAAAACAAACCAGUACAAAAGAACAAAUGAGAAAGAUUGAACAACUAUGUGAGCUCCGCGCAGAAAUUUCUAACCGGAUAAUGAAGCAGCGAAAGGAAGCACAGAAAAUGCAGCGUGAAGUAGACAAACAAAGGUACACAGUCGAAAAGUUUCAAAGCAUGAAGGUUCUGUUGAGCGACCUGAGGAAUGAAGAGCAAUUUUAUAAGAGACAAAUGCAAGAUUUCCUGGAGCGUGGUAAUAAUCAGCAGGUACGACUGUCACGUGCGAAGAAACAGUUGCUGGAUAAGGUGGAAAAGUUCAAUUCGCAGGCGCAAAACAUUGGUCUCGAUUCGGAUAUAUGCAGCGCAAGCGAGAAAGAAAAGAUGGAGCUGGUGUUGCCACUGCGGCCGUUAUGUUCCGAUAUUGCAGCACGUAGUGACAGUCUGACCAAACUCGCCACGUUACUGGCUAAACGAAGAGCACAGCAUGAGCAGAGGUGUAGACAGUUGGAGCAAUUCAAUACGGAGCUGACGCUUUUAAACGAACAACUUCAAUUGAACCACAAUAAAAUGAAUAAGCAGAUCGAGUCAUGUGGCCAGCAAAUAGACCGACUACCACUUAGCUAUAAAACCAAAAUUUCCAUGAGUUCUCAGCAUUAUCAGCAAUUAAUCGACCGUCACUUCGAACUUAACACAUUAAUCGGUCGUCUUCAAGGACAACAUAAAGAGCUGGAAAAUCUUGUGCAAACCAAAUGGAGGCAAAUUCAAGAAUUUCUCAGUGCUGCUGAGCAACAGCAAAAGGAGCGUUUAAGUGCCAAAUAUGCAUAUAUAGGGGAAUACAAAGAGUUAUUGACACAAGCUAAAGAAAAUCUUAAAGAGGCCAAAGCAAAUGUUACAGAAAACUCCAUAAAACUGGCCAAUUUCAAGCUACGGGUGCAAAGGCACAAGCUGCCUUUUUUUGAAGAAGAACUUGAAGCGACCCUCAAGGAACCCAAAUGAUUAAUUUAUUAAUAUUGAUUUAAAAUUUAUACAUCGUUUUAAAUUGUCUAUUGUAUUUAUAUUUAGAAACUUUAGUAUUACUCAUUAUUAAGCAGUGACUUGAUGUUUAUCAAGUGGAACCAUUUAAUAAUGGGUUUAAUAAGCGCUUAAAAAAUCUGUCCUAAGUUCUACAAAAUUGUUUCUUUUUAUACUUUUAACAUUUUUUUUAUAUACAAAUAAUUAAUAAAGAAAGCAAUAUCUGA